CGUCGCCAACACAUCCGGCCCACUUUGCGUUUACAAGUAUCCCAUGGCGUUCGCGACACCAGCGUUUAGCCUUCACUCGCUCGUCGGGUGCUCGGCCACCUUGCGCGUUGGUGGCACCGCGAGUCAAAUCACAACGUCAGCGUGGUACGGGGACACGGUGAGUCCAUGGGUAGCUCGCACCACACGCACCGCGAACGGCAACAUCGUCACCAAGCACGGCGCACUCGUUCACGUGUCGACCGACCAUUUGACCAACGGCGACCAAAACAUCGUCCGGCUGCUGUACAAGGACAUCUUUCGUCUGUGCAUUCUGGGAAUCGUCGUCUUCUACCGGAUUUCGUCCAUCUACUAUCCCAUCUGGCUCGCGUUUCGGCGCCAGCACCAGCCGUUCGUAUCUUGGAUCUGGCAGCGCCACUUGGGGCUCGUGCUCCACAAGCGAGAGCGACACAACCUCUGCGUGCUCUUCUUGCUCUCUCUGGAAGCUGUCACGAGCGUGGAGGACAUUGUCGUUCACUGCCAGUACACUGUCUACACCAACGGCUCGUCGUAUGGGUCGCUGCUUCUGAUCUACAUGUCGAUCAUGCGCAUCGUCUGGCCCUGCGCACUGCUGCUGCUCGUCACCUCGCGGCUCCUUGGAGCUCUUCUCGGGCCCUCCAAGGCCUUUGCGGUCUCGGAAAACAUCUUUCUGCUCGGCGCGCCCGUCGUUUGGGUCUACAUUCCCAUGUACGUGACCAACCAGGGCAUGAGUCUCUUCCAGGGCUACCGCUGGACCGGCGCGAUCGUCCACCACUACACCAACUCGAUCUACAACGUGUACACCGACCAGCGCAACAGCUUUUCACUCUACUGGCGCCUUUUCGGUGUCUUCACGCUUGUUUCGCCACUUGUGGUUUUCGCACUCUCGGCGCUAUGGCGGUGCACCAUGCACACGGGCAGCAUCUCGGCGUACCUUCUCUCUCCCGUGGACCGGCGCGGGACCAAACGCAUCGAAUGCAGCGUGGAAAUCACCCCGCAGCUCGAGACGAUUUUGCGCGACUCGACGUAUUUUGUGCCGCCAAGCAUUGCGCGUCAGAUCACGCGCGCCAAGCUCCCAACGACGCAACGCUGCGAGGCGGGCAACCUCGCCGCCGAUGGCCUCGUGUGCCUCGUGUACGGCGAGCUCCACGUGCUCGGUUUCAUCGACUGGGGCCUCGCCUUUCCCAUUGAAAACAUAUUGGGACACGUCGCCGUCAUCCAUGGCAGCCACGCAGCGUUCGACCCGAAAGUCGUGCCCGAUGGUGCUCGGCAUCACUGA